GCCCAAUAAAAUAAGCUAUUGAAGGUCCAACCCGAAUAAACCCUACAACUGAAAACCCUAUUUUCAUCUACAUAUAUAUAACCAAACUCACUCUUUGGGAGAUUUAGUUAAAAGAGACGACAAGAUGUCGAAGAGAGGUCGCGGUGGUUCCGCUGGAAACAAGUUCCGCAUGUCGCUGGGUCUUCCAGUGGCUGCGACGGUGAACUGUGCUGACAACACCGGAGCGAAGAAUCUGUACAUCAUUUCCGUGAAGGGGAUCAAGGGUAGACUUAACCGUCUUCCUUCAGCUUGCGUCGGAGACAUGGUGAUGGCCACCGUGAAGAAGGGAAAGCCAGAUCUGAGGAAGAAGGUUUUGCCGGCUGUCAUCGUUCGUCAACGCAAACCAUGGCGCCGAAAGGACGGUGUCUUCAUGUACUUUGAAGAUAAUGCUGGUGUUAUUGUGAAUCCUAAGGGAGAAAUGAAAGGUUCUGCCAUCACUGGUCCAAUCGGUAAGGAGUGUGCUGAUCUAUGGCCAAGGAUUGCAAGUGCUGCUAAUGCCAUAGUAUAAGUGAUUCUGGUUCAAGUAGCCAUUGUUUUUGUUGUUUCUCUAGAGCUGAAAAUUUGUCUUAGAUUACUUUUGUGCCCGACUUUGGUGCUAUUUUGUCAUUGACUUACUGCAAGUACGUUUUUUAAGUGAUUAUAUGUUUUUGGCAUCAGAAAGAUAUUAUUUUUGUUUCGAGAA